UCGGAUAUCUAUAGUCUUUGCCUGUAAGCACUGCAGGCUCCAGAGACAAGUCAAACCGCUUUCUCCUCUGCACCGUCACAGUGACUGCACUGCAACCGCUAGAGAUGGUAUCGUUUCAGAUUUUACGUCGUCUGGGCGUGUUUGCCCUCACUAAACCGGUUUGCCAUGGUAGAAUUUUGUCAGCAUGUGGAAUCAAGACAUCCAACAUCAAUCACAGUCACGGACAACCUGGUGCAGUGUCGGUUGUGACAUAUGAACAGCUCAAAGGCAUGCUGGCCAAUCACAGCGUGCAGCUCUUUGACGUCAGGAAUCCAGAUGAAUUUCAGGCUGGCCGCAUCCCAGAUUCGGUCAACGUUCCAUUAGGAGAGCUUGAGGUGUCUCUGAAGCUCCCCGCAGAAAAGUUUGAAGAGCAGUUUAAAGUGAAAGCCCCCCAAAAAGCGGACGAUAACAUUGUUUUUCAUUGUCGGAGUGGGAAGAGGAGUUUGACCGCUCUCGAAACUGCUCAUCGUCUGGGAUUCUCUAAGGCACGACAUUAUGCAGGAGGAUACAUUGAUUGGGAGGAGCGUGAGAAGAAUUGAGCAACUUUAACUUUAAUUUGCUGUAAUGUUCAUAUUAUUUCAGAGCCUUAAUCUGGAAAUAGAAGAUAGAAUUAUAUAUUCACACUUGAUUGAAACCAACACGUUCCAUUUGUUAAAAUUAACUGUAAAGUGACGAAAGUUGCAUCUGUUAAUAUUAUUUAAUUGACCUGAGUGAACAUGAACUAUGAAUAAUUACCAUUUUUAUUAAAUAACUUUCAAACAUGUUUAAACUUGAUAAAUCAUAUAACAAAUGAUUUGUUCAUUGUUAGAUAAAGUUAGUUUACUAUAGGGAACUCAAGUGUGACCAUUUUUCAUAUUUUGCAAAGAUGUGAACACCUUGUAUUUUUAUACAACUUAUAAUGACUCAUCAAUUAUUAUAAUAUGGAUUAUAAUUGAAUGGAUGAAGUCUUGUUCAGACUUGUAAUACUGAAAUGUGAACAGUAAUACGUUUCAAAUGUGUUUACAAUUUUGAAAAAAUAAAGGGCUCUGGACAUUGGAUGUUUCACAUAGUUUUAAUCGCUCAUGAAUUAUCAAAAUGAUAGUAUUGAGAUACACACUGUUAUACCUCUAUCAAAAUGUAAUUUCCUCAAACAAGCAUAGGACUUUAGAAGCCAAUGUCAAUGUAUUUUUAUAUAGUUUUAUAUUUAAAAAAGUUUACAAAUGUAAUAUAAAAAAGCUGUGUAAAUUGCCUAAUUAAUAUCAAAUUAAUUAGUACUCCUACAUUUUAUUAUGCUAGUAUUCACAUUUCAUUAAGCCAAAUGUGAGAGAAUUGGUGAAGCAAGUAUUUAUUUAGAUAAAUACUUGAAAUAAUUGCUCCUUCAGACUGAAUUCAACUAAAAUCAUUGGGCUGUGAAAACCAAAGUGAAUGUAUAUUUGCAAAUGUGCUUAAUUGACCUGUUUUAAUUUCCCCAUGCCACAACUGUUUUAUUUCUGGAAGCUUUAAAAGAGUUGUUGUUGCCUUUGGGAAAGAAAUUGAGGAAUGAAACAAGUAUCAAUGUCACAUGAACAGAUCAGUUUGUGUACUCUCUGCUUGCACUUCAAUGUAAGAGAUGUAAAUGGGAUACAAUUGUGACAUAGUAUUAUACAUUGUUUCAAAAGCAGUGUUUUAACUAUGCUGUUUCCCACCAACUAUAAAACCUGAUUGUCAACAUAAUAUCAAAAGAGCCAUUAAGGAAAAAUGUAUGUACUCAAAUUGGAAGAAAAGGUUUCGUAUUAAACGGCUUAAAAUUAUUUUAAUAGCUUUGGACGUUGUUCUUCUGUCUAUAUUUUGACAUUCUGUUUCCACCAGGGGGCGAUAAUGCAAUUAGGCAAAAUAAAGGCGGUUUUAUUCUUAUGGCCAGGAGUUCACGGUCACAGCAGGUGCUCAGAUGUUCAUUUCAUUGUGGGUUAUUUGGAUGUGCUCUGCUACACUUCAGUAAAUAGCUGUCAUAGUGAUACCGAACACAAAACAAGGCUGGCACAUUUUUCAUCAGACUGCACUCAAAUCAAUGGACCUUCCCUCGUUCAUCUUGAAGAGAAUUAUUUGAGUGUCAAUUUACAGAGCGCUGUUAUUGUGAAAAUUACAUUUGGAGUAAUAGGCUAGGCAGUCUAUCAGACAUACUGUAAGCAGUCGAUGUCCAGGUAUUGGAUUUGGAACCUUGUUUUGCACUGAGUGAUGAGAACAAACUAUGAUAAAUGUCCAUGUCUUUCAUAAUGGGGUCCUUACCAAUGAUCUGCUUUGUGAAAUAAAAAAUACAAA